AUGAGGAACAAGUUUAUUGAUGAAAAGGCAAAGACGAAGGUUCAGAAGUUACAGUCAACCACCACUAGCAUCGCAAAGAGAUUUCUCAAUAAUAAUAGUGAAAAAACAGAAAAACAUAUUAGAAGUUAUAAGGACCAGCCAGAUGAGGAUGACUCUAAAAGUGAUGAAGACUGUAAUUACCUUGAUGAUAGUACAAAAUCCCCUAUGACAAUCCAUGAAGAAACUGAUGAUAAGAUCGAAAAUUGA